AUGGCUAACGACAAUAAAAGUCCACCAACACUAACACGAUGGUACAUCGACACCCGCCCUCUUACUCUUUCCACAACAACCCUCCCCCUCCUCACCACACUUCAAGAACCAGACCAAACCGCCGUCCAGAAGUUCUACCACCUCAAAGACAAGCACAUGUCACUAGCCUCUAACCUCUUAAAAUAUCUCUUCAUUCAUCGAACCUGCCGUGUUCCCUGGUCCUCCAUCGUGAUUUCACGCACACCAGAUCCACACAGACGACCAUGCUUCAUUCCAGACCCGUCCAAGUCAAACGGCAGCGACGCAGUAGUAAACGUCGAAUUCAACGUCAGCCACCAAGCUUCAAUGGUUGCGAUUAUCGGAACAACCAUACCAACCAUUCCUGAUCCCAGCCCAGACUCAAACUUCCGCAAACCAGAAGUCGGAAUUGAUAUUACAUGCGUGAAUGAGCGGCAGGGCCGAACCGGUGAAGAGCGCACCCUUGCAUCACUGUAUAACUACGUCGAUAUAUUCUCAGAGGUAUUUUCAGCGCGUGAAAUUGCGGAAAUGAAGCGGUUGCCUGGCGCUCUAUCAUCCAGCCCAAACUCUACUGGUAAUGGCAGUGUAGAUGGCCGCGCGGAGUACGGAUACAGGCUUUUCUAUACAUACUGGGCGCUGAAGGAGGCUUAUAUCAAAAUGACAGGGGAGGCACUACUAGCGUCCUGGCUGCGAGAGCUAGAGUUCAACAAUGUUAUUGCGCCUUCGCCCACACCUGCUGCCGAGAGCGGCGACGGGUUGUUUGGGGAGCCGUAUACGGGGGUUAAGACGACGUUGAAAGGGGAUGUUGUAGAGGACGUCAGGGUUGAGGUUGUUGCUUUGGAGCAUGAUUUCCUGUUUGCCACAGCUGCAAGAGGAGGCGGGCUAGGAGCUGACUCUCGAGCUGGUGGAGAUGGUGAGGGUGAGAACAAGAACGCAGGCAAAGAUCCAUGGAUGCCGUUCGAGAAGCUCGACAUUGAGCGGGAUAUUCGACCGUGUGCGACAGGUGUAUGCAAUUGCUUAUCCUAA